CGCCGCGGACCUCUGCCAGACUAUGCAUCACGCGCCCGCCGUCCUUCACCUCGACCUCGACCUCGACCUCGACCUCGACCUCGACCUCGACCUCGACCUCGACCGCGGCCGCGACUAAAUGGCCAACAGCAAGUAUGAAUAUGUGCGCCUGUUUGAGCAGUCGGAUACUCUGCUCGCCAACACGUGGAUUGUCGUCCGCAUCGACGGCCGCGGCUUUUCCAAGUUCACCACCAAAUAUAACUUCACCAAGCCCAACGACAAAAAUGGCCUAGACGUUAUGAAUGCCGCCGCCAAGGCUGUCAUGCAAGAACUACCGGACCUUGUCGUCGCCUUUGGUAACAGCGACGAGUAUAGUUUCGUCUUCCACAAGGACUGCACCUUAUUCGAGCGCCGCGCAAGCAAGCUGACCUCAACAAUCGUCUCCACUUUCACCUCUUAUUAUAUCUUUUCGUGGUCUAGAUAUUUCCCGCACAAGCCACUCACGCCCCCUCUCCCUUCAUUCGACGGACGGGCAGUAUGCUAUCCGAGCGACACCAAUCUCCGUGACUACAUGAGUUGGCGACAAGUUGACUGCCACAUAAACAAUCUAUACAACACUACCUUCUGGACCUUGGUGCAACAAGGCGGCAUGGGCACACGUGAGGCAGAAGAACGACUCAAAGGAACCGUGUCAGCAGACAAGAACGAGAUUCUGUUCAAAGAAUUCGGCAUCAACUACAACAACGAGCCCGAGUGCUUCAGGAAGGGCACUGUGCUGUAUCGAGAUUUUUUCCCUCCCCCGCCAGCUGAAGAGUUGUUCAACCCUGUCUUUGCCGACUUCCCCACACCCCCGCUCCUUGCUCAACCGAUACCGAAGCGCGUUUCUAAAGAUAAGCUGUCUCAGUCUAUCGAGAGAGUUAUCCCGCUUCUGCCAGAGUCAGAAGAGUUGAUAAUAUCGCCUGCCUCUUGCUCACGUCCGACGUUUUUCUCCUCAGCAUCGACUCCUUCGCCGCCACCAUCACCCACCAUGUCAAGAGCAGCAUUGCCCAACCCGCUUCGAUCCAACCCUGUCAUUCCUGAGAGCAGUGCCAAUGCCUCAGACCCGUCUCUGCCACUCUCGCCACCCUCAACAGCCACCUGGGCCAAAUCACACUUCUGCGGCAAGCAACAACUGCCUUCGUUGGCGCUUCUACCUCUUUCUCCACCAACCUUGAAACCAAGUACCAGGCCUCCAAUGUCUUUGAAUGCACCAAACCCAACAACACGCACAAACUUUUCACCAACAACACCGCAGAAUGACUUCCCCGCCGAUUACCCAAUCGCAGGGUACCGCCACCAUCCACUACCAUCAAACAACCAUGUGUUUUCGCACUCGGCCUCUGCGUCCCUUUCGACACCGCAUGCACAACAAGACCAGUACCCUGGGCUGAAACGACGCUCGCCCAGCCAACCAACACUUCCCACCUUCAACUCUGGUAGCAGGGUCCAGACAGGACCACCAUUUAUCCCUCUCCGCAUGUCGAGCAUCCCCGCCAACAAUAAACCGAGGAAGUUGUCACUCCCAGUUCACCAAUCAACAGGCUCACUGAAAGCUACUAGAGGUACUGUCGACGAGAAAGAGGCACUACCCACGCCACCUCGACGAGUUAGUCCGCCAAUGCAAAAGAACAAGGCUCUACCAAGUCCGCCAAUGAGUGCAGAAGAAGAGACGCGAACAAGAGAGAAGGUCAUAGCCAACAGCCCGCGGGAAGAAUCGGCCAGAAACAAUAUCUGUAAUGCUGACGAGCCAGUGGUACGAAGAGCCAGUGACUCUGAGAACCGGGGCGGCCAAGUCUGGACCGAUGAGAGCGCUGCGCAUCCAGGCAUCGCGGAACUGCAUGCCAUUUCCACACCAACAUGGGCGCCAACUUUGGCACAGUCACCACUCACAUCCUCGUCAUUGCACUCGGUGCACCCCACGCCAGAUCUGCACACGCUCAUCUCGUCGACGAUCCCAGCGCCAAAAUCUCAACCCUACCCUACGACACAGCCGUUUCCUAGCACAAGCUUCUCAACCCGGAGCAACCUGCCUCCGCCCAACCUCAAGCUCAAAGACUCGACGCGGGCGAAGCAGCCCAACGAGUCGCAAAAGCGCAGGCAACCCGAGGCGCAGAGGCGGGAAGCGAAGAACCAGACUAGCGAUGAAGGGCGCCCGGUAGCCAUGAGCCGCACACAAAAGGAAAAGGACCGGAAGAAAAGGAGCAAAGCAACCGUGCUGAUGGAGCACGUGGACAUUAUCAAGGAUGAGUUCUGGGUGAGGAGGCCAUGGAUUCUCAGUGGCAAGACGGCAUGA